AUGUAUGAGCUCUUGAAAGGACAAUCUAGUUCAACCGGUCACGAGAAAGAAAAGAGAAAAUCAGCACUAUCAGGAAAACAAAGACAACUGUCAUUGCGUACAUCCGUGGAAUGGACUUCAAUUCACCAAUCAGCAUUAGAAAAUCUAUUAAACGAGGUCACAUCCCCUCCUAUUCUAGCGUACCCGAAUUAUGAGUUGCCUUUCGUGGUUCACACCGACGCGUCACAGGAAGGCCUGGGGGCAGUCUUAUAUCAAGAGCAAAAUGGAAUCCUACGAGUUAUCGCAUAUGCAUCAAGAACAUUAAGCCCUUCCGAGAAAAAUUACCAUUUGCACUCAGGGAAGUUGGAAUUUUUAGCCUUGAAAUGGGCGGUAACAGAACAUUUCCGAGACUACCUAUAUUAUGCUCCAAAGUUCCUGGUCUACACUGACAAUAAUCCCUUGACCUAUGUCCUUACCACCGCGAAAUUGAACAGUACGGGACUACGAUGGGUUGGCGAAUUAGCUGAAUUCAAUUUUGACAUUCGAUAUAGGCCUGGUAGGAUAAACACGGAUGUGGACUGUCUCUCGAGACCACCCUUAGAGAUACGCGAAUAUAUGACAAGCUGUAGCGAAGAGAUCUCUCUAGAAACCAUCCAAGCGACUAUUUCCUCUGUUGAAGCCCACGCAGCCGGUGAUGUAGUUUGGUUGACAGCUGUAACGGACGAGACUAAAGAAAUGGAAGCUGAUGAACUGUUCGAGAGUACAACGUCAAGCAGGCUGAAAGUAAUCGACAUCCUCAAAGGCCAGCAGGAAGAUCAAACAUGUUCUACAGUUUUGUAA